ACUGCAAACGAGAAGAAGACACGGAUUUGUUGCAUCGACACUCUCUCACGUAAGGCGAAAAAAUCACACGAAUAAAGAAAAAAUUAACGAAAAACAUAAGUGUUCCCUUGAUCGAAAAUUACUCAGUUUAAUAUUCUUAACGGCGUCAAAAUGAUGACCUAAAGCCGGCCGAUAUAUUGCUCCAGUUGAAGGAACUUACUCCCGCGGUCCAUUUAAUGAAUGUGUCCAGCGGUUCGAUUUCCUCAUGUCUCAUUCGUAAACAACAGUGGUCCCUCGGAGGGGAUUUUGCUUUCUCGUUCUUUUUUAUCAGGCAUUCCUUUGGGCUUUCUUAUUCGUUUCGUUGGGGACGUCUUUCAUUUUUGUUUCCCACGCGCUCCUCACAAGCAAAGCGAACAGAGCUUCAGUGAAUUGGUGGAAUUGGACACAUUGGACAUUGGCUGGACAAAGGGCCCAGGAAAACAGGCAAGUCAACAUCCUCCAUCCAAUCGACAACAGGCACACCAACAACAACAACAUCAUAAGACAAGAAAAAGAUAGAGUAAUUUUUUAGCAAACAAAACAACAGACGGACAAGCAGCGGAUUUGUUGCGUUACCCUGGCUUUUCCUCAAGAAUUAAGCGAAUUAAGUAGUAUUUUAAAACGAAAAUACUUUUCGAUGGAUAUAAACGAUGAGCUGAGCAAUGGACCGGCUCUAAUACGAUCAUGCCGCACAUGCAUGACGGAGGAUAGUCGCUACUAUCAAAUCUAUGACUAUGUGGAUGAGAAUCACUCGAUUAUGGAAAUGAUUGAUGCCAUUGUGCCGCAAAUCAACAUUACAACGGAUGAUAUUGAGUUCUCCACAUUGAUUUGUGAGACGUGUGUCAAUAAUCUUCUGGUUGGCUAUCAAUUUCAACAGCAAUGCAUUGCCAUCGAUCAAGAGUUCCGCCAGCAAAUUUUGGCGCCACCCGAAGAAGUGUUGGUGGUAAAUGCGAAAGAAGAUCUCACCAUGGAGGAUGAAAGUAUGGAGGAAACGAAAAUUGAAGUUUAUAACUUGAAUUGUACAGAUGAGGAUGUGGAGGCCAAAGAAGAGGAGCGGGAGGAGGUGGAGGUACAUGUCGAAGAGGAAACGGAAGAAAUCCGUGAGGAGCAGGAGGAGGAAGAUGAGUGUACGGAGACCAUACUGGGCGAAGAAGACAAUGAACUCCAUCAAGAAGAGGAAUUACUUGAAGCUUCAAUGAAGAAACUUGAUGAAAUGGACAGCUCGUCGGAAAACAUUGAUGAUGAUGACAAUGAGAUCACACCAGAAGACAUCGAUGAGAAUGAAAACACUAUUAUGGACUGUGAGUCCACAUUGCCGCUUAAAAUAAUUCAAGUUGAUCGCAAAAAACGUUACACCUGUGCCGUGUGUGGAAAACAAUAUGAUCGGGUAUCACGCAUUGAAGAUCAUUUGGAAAGGAGGCAUAGAUAUUCCAUUGAUGAUAUCAAAAGAUGGGUGGAAAUUGUCGACGGCAGUGGGAAUGUUAUGAAACGGGAAAAAAUGAGGAAAGAUAAAGAAAUGCAAGAGAGACGCUGUGAAGAAAAAGAAUAUGAAAAGGCCAUGAGCAAGAUAAUCCAGAUCAAAGAAGAAAAUGAGCCAGACGUUCAGGUUGGCGAAAAUUCUAAAGAAACCAAAGAUACAAAUGCUGAUCCAAAUCCCUUGUCUAUUAUUAAGAUUGGCGGCCGCAAACGUUUUAAAUGUGGGGACUGUGGCAAAAUCUAUGAUCGCAUUAUACGCAUGCGUGAACAUUUAAAGAAUCGGCAUAGCUAUGACAUGAAAGAUAUCAAUAAUUGGUAUGUCCUUGCUGAAAAUGAAAUGGACUUGUCGGAUUCAAAAAUUAAACCCGAAGAUGGCCUGUAUACAUGUGAGGAGUGUGGCAAACAAUUCUGUGAAAUAUAUCGCCUGCAACGCCACAGUAUUGUACAUUCAGUGUUUAAAAAAUAUGGCUGUGAAAUAUGUAAACAUCGUUUUGUUUCCAAACAAAACUAUCGCAAUCAUAUGAAACUUCAUGAAAAUGCAGACAAUGAGACGACGACCACCACACCCCCAACUCCAACCGUUUAUAAAUGUCCCGAGUGUGCCAUGGUGUUUGGUAAUCGUAAUUCAUUGUCGGCCCAUUGUAAAAGGCAUUAUACCACCACAGAGAAGAAUUUCACCUGCCUGGAGUGUAAUCGGGAGUUUAUCUCGAAGAAAACCUUAAGUGAACACAUAAAGCGAGUGCAUCCCAACAUCACAUAUGCCUGUGAACACUGUGAUCGCACCUUUGGCUUGCCCGAUCAUUUGGAACGUCAUAUGGGCGUUCAUCGUGAUAUAAAAUGCAAAGUGUGUCACAAAAAAUUUACCACUGUACAAACGCUCAACGAUCACAUGAAUCUGCAUACCGGUGAAUGUCCCUAUCUGUGUCCGGAAUGUGGCAAAUCAUUUCCAUUUGCGGGUAGUUUAAGGCAACAUUUAGCCAGACAUUCAUUGGUCAAUCAAUUUCAUUGUUCACAAUGCGGUAAGGGUUUCAAGUGCAAGGCGAAUCUCAAGAAACACAUGAAGUCCCAUUUGGGCAAAAGACAUAGGCGUAUGGGCUUUGCAGCGGCAGAUGAAAACAAUCUGCAAAAUGACGAACAAGAAUCUGAAGUGGAGGAUGGAGACGAUGGAGGUAUCGAAGAACAAUAUAAUGUCACAGCUUUGGAAGAUGAUUCAUGGUAAUCGUUUGGCAAAAUUAUUGUUUAAUUGUAGUUUUAGUAUUUCCAUUAAGUGACAUUACUAUUUUAAGAUUGUUUUUUAUGUAUUUAAGCAUAUGUACAUUAAGAUGUGCAACUCCAAAGAAAAUAAAAAUCAUGUGUACAAAAUCAAAAAUAAA